AUAGUUCACGAUCUAAAUUGUGCUUUGAUUCACGGUGGAGAAGAAGGUUAAAAUGAAGAAACAAAUGUUUUUAUUCAAUGUUUUUUUAUGUUUUUCUUCCGUUGCAAGUUUUACAGGCAUAAAAGUAUCAAAGCCAUGUGAUCAUCGAAUACAAUGCCUGAUCUUCCCAUGUGCACCAAAUGUUAAUCCAUGCAACAAAGCGAAUGAGAUAUGCGUUCCUACUUGUGACUGUGGUGCAACAUGCAGACCAAAACCGAAGCUUCCAUGUCAGGGUGCAUGCAGCCUGAAAAAAUGCGCAAUGGGUGAAAAGUGCAUCCCGAUACGUCUUUACAAUGGCUGCAGAGGACACUGUGUUCGGUGCAGAAAACCUGUAAAUUGCUUUGUAAAUCCUUGCUCCCAUGCAAAAUGUGGUAACGGAGAAAGAUGUGUCGCUAAUUACUGCAAUGGCAAAUGUGAAGCCAAAUGCUUGCCUCCUCCUACAAAACCCAAGCCGACCUUACCGGUCUGCAAAAGCGACGGAUCGGCUGAUAAUAAAAUAUGUUUACAAGCCCAAACAACGUUUUGUACAAAAAAAUGCAAAUGCUGUAUUCAUCACAAUGGUUGCAACCCAUUUAAAGCUUUAUAUACUAAAACAGAGAAAGACUGCAAGCCACAAGCUUGUCCUCUGAUUGGCUGUCCUUUUGAUGUCUGCAAAGAUCACAAAUGUCCUGCUGGAAACGCAUGCGUGAAAAAAUGUUGUAAGCCUGUAUGUGAACCGCUCCUCAAACCUUGUCUUUUUGUUCCUUGCUUUACCAACCCAUGUACUCCCACUAAAUGCCCCCGUGGAUACGCAUGUCAAGUAAACAACUGCAAUGGAUGCAGUGCGCAAUGUAUUCCUCCUCCGAAACCAACAUUGUCAACAAAGUGCAAGUCAGAUGGUUCCAGUAAUGGAAAAUUAUGUGGAGCGGCGUUCACAAAGUUUUGCAGUGCUAAUUGCGAGUGCUGCAUUCACGAAAAUACUUGUAAUCCAUUUCCAUCAUUCUACACUAAAAAAUCCGAGGAUUGUGUCAAUGGAUGCAAGAACCCAGUAAACUGUUUUGUUAGUCCUUGUCUCAACAAGAAAUGUCCUUCAGGACAAAAAUGUGUUCCAAAUUUUUGUGGUGGUUGCAAUGCCGAAUGCAAACCUCUUCCAACUAAACCAGCUACAACUGCAUGUUCAAAUCCUGUUCAUUGCAUAGUAGAUCCCUGCUCACUGAAAAAAUGUCAAGUGGGACAAAAAUGCCAUGCUAAUUAUUGUGGAGGGUGUAACGCCGAAUGUAGGACUUGCAAGAAACCGGUUAAUUGCUUAAUCAACCCAUGUGCACGAACACUCUGUCCAAAAGGCACAAAAUGUGUUGAUGAUUAUUGCAAAGGGUGUAAUGCAAGAUGCAUUGAUAUGCCUACCCUACCUCCUGUGCCAACAAAACCAACGCCAUGUCCAAACCCUGUUAACUGUUUUGCCGAUCCUUGCAUGUUCAAGAAGUGUCCUUUUGGUCAAAAGUGUCAUGCAAACUUUUGUGGUGGAUGCAAUGCAGAAUGUAAAGCUUGUGUAAAGCCAGAGAAUUGUGUGAAUCCAUGUUCACGUACCAGAUGCCCAUUUGGAACGAAGUGCGUCAACAACUACUGCAAUGGAUGCUCUGCACAAUGUAUCCCUGUUCCAACUUUAACACCGCCAUCUCCAAACACAUGCCAGUCUGAUGGUUCAAGUGAAGGAAAGUUUUGUCCAGAUGGAAUCACUAGGUUUUGUACAGAUUCGUGCAAAUGCUGUAUUCAUCCUAACAUUUGUAAUCCAAAACCAUCACUCUACACCAAGGCUGGCUCCCAAUGCAGGAAUAAUUGCCAGAAACCUGACAAUUGCGUCGAUCCUUGCAGCCGAGCCUUAUGUUUGGUCGGAACACAGUGUGUGAAUGAUUAUUGCAGUGGAUGCACUCAUAAAUGCAUUCCUGUGUCUGGUAAGUGACACCGAGUAAAUGGAAUUCGCCGAUCCUGAUGAUAGAUAUCAAAUUAUAGUGGCAAAAAGCUUUUCAAGAUUCGUACAAGAGCACUAUGAAAUCUAAUACUUUUUGUUUAUAUUAUAAGAAUUUGUUUGACAAUGUUAGUGAUUGAUUUAUAUGUAAAGAAAUUGUAUUAAAUUUUUGUAUUUCUUAAAUUCAACAGAAUAAUGUUUUGAGUUAUUCAAA